AUGUUCAUUGAUUAUCGUGCACGAAAAUUGAUUAUCACACUUUAUAAGCCGCUGUCAUUCAAGAAAUUCAUUGCAGUGAAAGUAAAUUGCUCAGAAUUUCAUUUCUGGCCCUUUACUGAGAAGCAGCUUGUUAAAGACAUUGGACUCCAACAUAUGUUCACGAUGCUGAUCCCGACAAUUUCCUUUGCAUUACUUAUUUGUUUAAUCGAAAUACCAAAUAUAGUGAGAGCAGGUGAACAUAACUCACAAAUUAAUGACUCGGCCGUGUCUCAUAAUUGGCUAGUAACCCGGGAUAUGUGGUUAGCAAGAGAGCACAAUAAUACGGAGAAAAUUGAUGUACCUUUGCCACUCGUAGUCAUACAGCACACAGUGUCAGCACAAUGCAACAGUUUUUUUCAAUGCGCUGCUCAAUUGAGAAGCCUGCAGUCUUAUUUCCUUAAUACCUUUAAUAAUGAUAUACCGUACAACUUCAUAAUCGGUAACGAUGGAAAAGUGUACGAAGGACGUGGAUGGAAUAAGGUUGGAGGGCAUACACUGGGUUACAAUCAUUGUUCAUUGGGCCUGGGAUUUGUCGGUGAUUACAGAGAGAACGUGAAAGGUUCUGCAAAAGUAACCGCCCUUCAAGAAGCAAGAGCCCAAAUGUUGUUUUUAGAGGGUAUAAGAUUGGGACACCUUCGCCCUAAUUUCCAUGUACUUGGAGCGAUGGAUUUAAUGUAUACACUAAGCCCUGAGACAAGACUAUCAAUAGCAGUUUACCAAGGUUGA